CGCCCCCUCCAGCAAUGGCGGUGUCACUGUCGGCAACGAUGGCGCUUGCUGGGCGACGAAGUGCGUUGUGAGCACUUCUCUACGUUUGAAGCUUCGCCAGUGGGUGCCUAUCGCUGGGGUGCAAAAAGGCUUUAGCAGCGCGUUGGGGAUUGGUUGGUUUCUUCCUGUUUUGCAACGAUGGCGCCGGUGCAACUGGAGAGCCAUCAGCUGGUCCCAGUGAGUGGUGGGCCCGCUUCGGCUCCGGCCCCACCGCCCCCAGGGACGGCGACCGCGGCAACUAGUCCUGGCUACCGACUUAGCACGCUCAUCGAUUUUCUUUUGCACCGAACGUACGCGGAGCUCACUGUCCUCGCCGACCUAUUACCAAGAAAAACUGAUAUGGAAAGGAAAAUAGAAAUAGUGCAGUUUGCAAGUCGUACACGGCAGCUAUUUGUCCGAUUAUUAGCCUUGGUAAAAUGGGCAAAUAAUGCUGGGAAGGUUGAAAAAUGUGCGAUGAUAUCAAGCUUUUUAGAUCAACAAGCUAUUCUAUUUGUGGACACUGCUGAUCGGUUAGCAUCACUAGCCCGAGAUGCUUUGGUUCAUGCUCGUCUGCCAAACUUCGCUAUCCCAUAUGCUAUUGACGUACUGACAACUGGGUCAUAUCCACGAUUGCCAACAUGUAUACGGGAUAAAAUAAUUCCUCCUGAUCCAAUAACAAAAAUUGAGAAACAAACAACCCUGCAUCAGUUAAACCAGAUUCUUCGCCACCGACUGGUAACCACAGAUCUUCCACCGCAGCUGGCAAAUCUUACAGUAGCUAAUGGCCGUGUAAAGUUUCGUGUGGAAGGUGAAUUUGAGGCUACCUUAACUGUGAUGGGAGAUGAUCCUGAUGUCCCAUGGCGCCUUCUCAAACUGGAAAUUCUGGUUGAGGAUAAAGAGACUGGAGAUGGCCGUGCCUUGGUUCAUAGUAUACAGAUCAGUUUCAUCCAUCAGUUGGUCCAGUCUCGCCUGUUUGCUGAUGAGAAACCUCUGCAGGAUAUGUACAACUGCCUACGUAUCCUUUCAAGUAACUUGCUCUGAAUUGAUAUGAACCGU